AUGAAGGCAGAGGUGGAGGUAGAAAACUGCUCCAUGGUCUACAAUGACAAAGACCUCUCUGAUUCAGAUCUAAAGGAGAAGAAGAAAAAUAGGAAGGGAACGAAUACCCAUCCUAUCUUAGAAGAGAACGUGGAGACCGAUCCGGCUACGGGGGGUAAAGAAAAGAGGAUCAAGGUCACAAAAGUGACGACCCUAAACCCUCCGGCCAACGCAGGCAAGUCUGCCGUAACACAGACAAACCAAAAGAGGGGGAAGCAGCAGCAUAAACAGCAACCGCCUAAACAGGUGAGCGCUGCAGGAAGACAGACCGCUUCAAUGGUUGCGGCGGUUCAUGGUCCACAAGAAAAGGGCGAGCAGUGGACCACCGUGGUCAAAAGAAAGAAGAAAGAAGGGGAUGCAAAUAGGGCGGAGCAAGAAAAGACUCGCCAGACCAGGAAUGAGGGCAGGAGCCAGCCCAUUCCACCCCAGUCUAGCCAAGGCAAGGCAAAACUUGCUAAGAGGAAGGAGCCGCGUACAGCGGCGAAUACACUUACGUGCCCGGAAGGCAAGUAUGCCGAGAUAAUGAGAGAGGCGAGAACGAAGAUAGAGCCCCAGAACCUUGGCAUCAAAAAAAUAAACAUGAGGAGGUCAAUCACAGAGGCUAUGGUAUAUGAAAUACCAGGAGAGAACAAGGGGAAACUCGCAGACAAACUUGCUGCGAAAUUAAGAAAGACCCUUAAGGGAAAGGAGGGGGUCCGGAUAAGCCGUCCAGUAAAGAUGGCCGAAAUCCGAAUACUGGGGCUGGAGGAGUCCAUCGCACUGACAGAGGUGGUGGAAGCAAUAGCCACCUUUGGCAAGUGCGAGCAGGAGGAGAUCCAGACGGGAGACAUCAAAAUCUCCCCGAAUGGAUUAGGGUCCCUCUGGGCCAGAUGCCCCCUUGUUGCGGCCAACCGCCUAGUUACGGGCGGCGGGGGACGUAUAAAAAUAGGUUGGGGACAUGUCCAAGUGACACUAUUAGAGCAAAGGCCCCUGCAGUGUUACAGGUGCUUGGAGGGAGGUCACGUCAGACAACGAUGUCCCAAUCGCACCGAUCGGAGCAACCAAUGCUACUGUUGCGGGCGAGAGGGGCACGUGGCCAAAGAAUGCAGCGAGGAUUUCAACUGCCCGGUGUGUAGGGACAGAGGCCUUCCUGCAAAACACCGGACGGGAAGCAAGGCCUGCACACCGGUGCAGAAGGGAGUCAAAGGAGUGGCACUGAACAAAUUGGUUCAACCACCCAAACAACCUACACCAAGGAGGAAGCAAGCCCUCGAAGAGGAGCCGAAAGAUAGGGAAAAAAUAAAGAAGGGAAAAGGUCAGGAAACAGCAGUUGCCACGUCAAGUGGCAAGGAAAGAACCCGACGCUUGGAAGAAGAGGAAGGAAUAAAGGAAUCGGGGACAAAGAGGAGGAAAUUAAGGAGGGAACAUCGUGGGAGCGAAGCAGACGAUGAGGAGAAUGGAAUGGUAAUCCAACGAGAGGGAAAGCCAGAGAAGGAACACCAUGAAUAA